AUGCUGUCAGGGUUUAAUCGAUUGCCGUUUGACAUUCUGUAUCAGGUGGCGAGCCAGCUGGAUAUCCGUUCUCAUGACAGCCUUGGGAAGACGUGUCGGAAUCUGUACCAGCAUCUCCGGGAUGAGAAUACUGCUAAGAAUUCCCUUCAGGCCAGUGUCUGCUUCUCGACUUGGGCUCAACUCGCGCUUUCUACGCAGAAGACGAGUUUCAGACAAACCAUUGGUCGCUAUGUCGACUGUCAUCAGGCGUUACAAACUGCCUCGCCAUACGCGGCCUGUGUCAUUGCGUACGCGACCAGUUUCUCGUACUACGCAGGCAUCCUGUGUUACUCGACCUGUGCGAGCCUUCGCAUUCUCGAUUUCAAUACCGGCCGAAGCACUGAGAAAGUGAUUAGCGGCUCAGUCUUCACGAAUCGAAUUGUCACGACAUCUCGUGGCAAUGGAAAUUUGGACCUCGAGUCACUCAAGUCUAUUCAAGUCCACGGGUACGCAUCUGAGAUCGUGAUCCUUGCUUGCGACUUUGGCUCAUACGGCAAAUACAUUUUUGCUGUCAAUAUUUCCGAGACUUUUUGUCCACCACCACGGCCGAAUUUGACGGGCCAGCAUCGUCGAAUCUUGCUUUGCAUUCCUCUUCGGUCCACCAGCAAGCUUUUCGUUAGGCACAAUCACAGAUACAUGAUUGUGGGCACUCAUUCUGCGAUGGGCAAUUACAGUCAUCAUGAAUGGCUAUUGCAAGGCUAUGAUUUCGAGACGUCAGAGCCCGUAACGAAAGAGCCACUGCAACUACGAGAUUUCUUUGGGUCUGAGAUUGGGUCGACUGUCUGCUUUACAAUCUAUCGGGACGUGUUCUACGCACUAACAAAUCAAACUAGCGUUGAGAGUGAGGAGGUCGACUGGACCAGUUACUAUCAUUUUAUCAGCUUUCGAGUUGACGAUCCUACUCCAGAGUUAAAGAUCCAAACGAUAUGGAGACGGCAACAUCUCGAGGGGCCUAUCAAUGAUGCUUGGACGGACCUGGGAUUUCAAGAGGACCACCGCAGCGGGGAGUUGUUGGUUGUGGAAUGCAGAAAGGAAUGGGCAAAUGGUGGAAGCCGUUCCAUCAGGACGUAUUAUACUCAACCAUUUCAUCGAGCGGAGCACAAAGGGUUAAAUGAUAGCCCUGAAUAUCCGCCUGACGAUCGUCUGAGACUCACCUUAGACGAGAAAAGUAAAAGUCGAUACGAGCCGCCCAGACCCCGCGUCGAUAGAUAUGUCCAUGCCGAAUUCCAGGACGGCGUCGACGAGUUCGGCAAGGAAUAUAUCCGCGCAAAGACAAAAUGGAACGGAUACCAGUUCAACGCACAGUCCUUCGUGGAUCUAGUCACGGAAGAAGUCAAGAUUGAGGAUGAAUGGCGGCCCAGGGAACGUAUAAAGGUGAGAGUGGUCAGUAGGAACGAACUCAACCCUCUGGUUCCGGAGAAGGGCUCGAUGGAUCCAAGAGCAUUGAUCGUUCGACCUUGUAGGAAAGAUAGAGAAGGCGAGAAUAUGGAAGAUGGGGAAGAAUGGUACGGGCCCAGCCGUGUUGCAAUGUGGCCUCCAGAUGAUGCACCACAGGAGCUUCACGACAUCCUAUGUCCCAGUGGCCGGGCGGGAGAUGUCAAAGCUAUUCUUGGAGACGAGGGGAUUGUCUACAUGGCCGGUCCUCCUCGAGAACCUGGUUCACCUGAACGGGCGCUCGUGUUCGUCAGCUUCGAUCCUAGUUUCGGGUUUGAAGGGAUGAAACGCCUAAACGGGACUCUCGCGAAGCCUAAAACGAGAGAUGGUUCGUCACCUCAGUACAGGAAGAGAAAAAGCGUCUCGAAUCAGGAUGUUGACAUGAACACUGGCGAGUCUAUCAGUCACACAGUGGAGCCAGGUCUGACGGACCGCACGAAAAGAAUCAAGAAUCAGCCCGUCCAUCUUGGAAGUCCAGCUUUGCCAGCUCGAGCUCCGUUGCCUGUGGAACCCACUUCCGAACCAUUGGCGCCCAAACCGUGGCCACCACUCCUGCCCGAGUCAAUGGAAUCGCCGUUGCCGUCGCUCUCCCCUCCAUGUUCAGGUUCGGCCUCAGGUUCUGGUCAGUCCCCCGACAAGCGCAAGUCAGGAUCCAUGAAGCUCCCUACUUGGCGGGAGAAAGCAAUGUAUCUCUCAAUCGCGAAAGGGUUUUGGCUACGGUGA